AGGCGGCGUCGAGUCCCGCAGCAGCAGCCGCAGCCGAGUGAGCGCAGCACCGCGGCCGCCGCAGGAGCCCGUCGCCUGAAGCAGGAGCGGGCGGAAGACAACGGAGGGGCCCAGCGUCCGAGCCACGCCGCGGACACCGAACGAGCAGCCCGAGGCGGCGGCAGCCGAGGACGGGGACGGCGACGACGCGGAGGCAGAGAAGGGAACGCCCAGCCCAGCCCCGUAGCACAGGCGGAGUGCAGCGGAGGCCCUGCCCCUGCCGUCAUGCGGUUCCCGUUCGGGAAGUCUCACAAAUCUCCAGCAGACACUGUGAAGGAUCUGAAGGAAAGCAUGGCCGUUCUGGAAGAGCAAGACAUUUCUGACAAAAAAGCAGAAAAGGCUACAGAAGAAGUUUCCAAAAAUCUGGUUGCCAUGAAAGAAAUUCUGUAUGGCACAAAUGAAAAAGAGCCUCAGACAGAAGCAGUGGCCCAGCUUGCUCACGAACUCUAUAAUAGUGGGCUUCUUAGCACCCUGGUAGCUGAUUUACAGCUCGUUGACUUUGAGGGCAAAAAAGACGUGGCUCAAAUUUUCAACAAUGUUCUCAGAAGACAAAUUGGUACAAGAACUCCUACUGUUGAAUACAUCUGCACCCAACAGAAUAUUUUGUUCGUGUUAUUGAAAGGGUAUGAAUCUCCAGAAAUAGCUUUAAAUUGUGGAAUAAUGUUAAGAGAAUGCAUCAGACAUGAACCACUUGCAAAAAUCAUUUUGUGGUCAGAACAGGUUUCUGAUUUCUUCAGAUAUGUCGAAAUGUCAACGUUUGACAUAGCUUCAGAUGCAUUUGCCACAUUCAAGGAUUUACUUACAAGACAUAAAUUGCUCAGUGCAGAAUUUUUGGAACAGCAUUAUGAUAGAUUUUUGAGUGAAUAUGAGAAGUUACUUCAUUCAGAAAAUUAUGUGACAAAAAGACAGUCACUCAAGCUUCUCGGUGAACUACUACUAGACAGACACAACUUCACAAUUAUGACAAAAUACAUCAGUAAACCUGAGAACCUCAAGUUAAUGAUGAACCUGCUGCGAGACAAAAGUCGCAACAUCCAGUUUGAGGCCUUUCACGUUUUUAAGGUGUUUGUAGCCAAUCCUAACAAGACACAGCCCAUCCUAGACAUCCUCCUCAAGAACCAGACCAAACUCAUAGAGUCCCUCAGCAAGUUUCAGAAUGACAGGACGGAGGAUGAGCAGUUUAAUGACGAGAAGACCUAUUUAGUUAAACAGAUCAGGGAUUUGAAGAGACCAGCUCAGCAAGAAGCUUAAUCUCCAGUAAACAUCUAUAUUAAAUCCAAAUUCAGCCUUUGCUGUUAGCUAUUCAGCAUCAGGCACUCUUAUUGAUUCAUGAGGAACAUUACUGCUAAUCUACUGUUAAGUGAACGGUUUUUCAUUUUACCCUUUUGUUUUUCAGUCCAGGUUGGAGAUCAUAGCUGCUGCUGCUGCUUGCACACUAGGGCACAUGUGGGCUUUCUCUUGAUCUUUGUGUCAUUUCAGAAUUCAAAGACUCCGUGUGCUGCGGGAGUUCUGAACACGGCUGGGUUCAUGAAGGCAAAUGUAUGGAUGAGAGUGUGGUUUAGGGAAGAGGGCAUUGAUACGAUCAGAUUAGACCUAUCUUUGCUUUUUUACACCCAUCUUUGCUGGCGAUCUGAGUGCAGUGUGGCAUGCGCACACCUGGCAUCCCUGUGUCAGAUCGCGCGCCUUCACUGAAGGACGAUCACGCAGAGCUUUAUCUGAAAUCAGAGGGGAACUGUAUCCAAAAAUGGGAGUUUCGGGGCAGAUAAAGUUGACAUGCGAAUAAAUUGAUACUGAAACUUAGCAACUUCUUAAAAGUGUGAAGAAGCCUCAUAAGGUCAUAAGGAAAAUGGAUAUAUGCUUUUCACAGCUUUCUAGAAUUUUUGACAUUUGAUUUUCUUGAGACUUGUAAACCUGGAUAUGUUGAAGAGUAUUUGUUAAUUUUACUUUUUGAAGAUAUUUUAAAACAGUAGAGCUAGCAAUGACACCUUGCAUUUCAUUUCAACACUGCUUACAGGUUUCUUUUGUAUAUAAUUCUUAGAAUGCUCAUUUCUUUUCAAUUGUUUAAUUUGUACAGCAGAGGAAUGUUACUGCAGUAGUAUGUAACUAUACCUAAUACUGAGUUUUUGCAAAAAACAAUGAAUGCUCAUAUGUAAUUGAAAUACUUCAGAUCACAUGAAAAUGCUGAUUUAACAUUUAAGUAUCACAGCAUUAAAAGGCAACAAAAGUAAAAAAAAAAU